AUGAACGAAUUUAUGCCCAAUUUUGGUGAUCCGCAAGUUCACUCUGCUUUGAAGAAGCUGGUUUUGUUCAGCUUUGCGAUAAUAGCUACUCCUUUGGGCUCUAUGUUUUUCCUGAAGAACUGCAUUUUCGAAGGCUUAUUUCACUGGUCAUCACACGAUAGUAUCAUCUACUCCGCUAUAAUCGCCGUUGGUGUGGUUCACGUAGUUCUGGCAUCUUUCGUGUUUGUUGCAUGGCACGAGGGUCGUCAGAAAUCAACCACCGUCAAACAGGAUUAA